AUGCCAAUGGCGGAGUCACCACACAAGGUUGAAGUGGAAGCUCCGGUGCCAGCCUUUUCCUUCAAAAAAAGAGCGUCACGCCUUAGGGAAAAUGUUAGGAAACGACCAGUAUCCCCGGAGCCAGCCUCGGCCUCUGAUAAAGAAACUUCUGGGUACUCUUCGUCAGAAGAAGUCUCUCGGCAAGGCCAUAGGACCAAGCGCAGGCAACGGAGAGGUGGGGUUGCAGCUGCCGCAUCUACUAAUAACGGCAGUAUUGAAAAGGAAGAGCCUCAUAAUACGUCUACUACAAAACAAAAGCUUCCUCUCGUCACGAAUGAUGCCACAAAAGCGACUAAUUGGUAUGAUGAGGAUAUAAAAACUAAAAUCGGCCCAACUCGUGUUGCAGCUACAAAUGUUCGCAUGACCACCUUCACCGAUUUUGCCCCAGAUGUCUGCAAAGAUUAUAAAAAGACAGGGUUUUGUGGGUUUGGGCAAAAUUGUGUCUUUCUCCAUGACCGAAGUGACUAUAAGCAAGGGUGGGAGCUUGACCGAGAGUGGGAGAAUGUGACAAAGAGAAGCAAAAAUUUAGCCGGUACGGUGGUUGCUAGCGCUAACAGGAGCAAUAACACUGAGGGCCGUGAUGACGAUGAGGGGGAGGAGGAGGCUAUGUUGAAGGAUAUACCUUUUGCUUGCAUAAUUUGCCAGCAGGCAUACAAAACACCGAUCAUUACAAAGUGUGGCCACUACUUUUGUGAGUCUUGCGCCCUCAAGAGAUAUAGAAAAGACCCUAAAUGUGCAGCAUGCGGGACUGGCACAAACGGUGUCUUCAAUACUGCAUCAAGAUUAAAAAAGUUACUUGACAGAAAGAGGGAACGUUUGGCUAAAAAGCGUGAAGCCGCUAUCGAAGCAGGGGAAGAGAUCAGUGAUGAAGACGAGUGA